GUGUUGAACUCAUCUCGGGGCCCUGAAGAGCAGGAUUAACACAGUGAUGAUAAUAAUAAUACCGAGCACUGCUGUGGACAGGGCGCUGUUGUAAAGAAUCCUAGGAGGAAAUAGUAUUUCACCUCCACUCUAUAGAAGAGGGAACCGGCACGGAGAGGCAGUGGACCCCCUCCUCCUGCAGAAGGGGGAUUUGAUUACGUUUCAGAGGAAAGACGAGGGCUCCGACUCAGCAACGGAGAGGACCGAUGGUCAGAAGAUGUCACUGAGCGGGUAGCCACCGACGUAGGAGACACCAACCCCCCAGCCCCGCCCCAAAGCAGGCAACCCAACUCCGCCCCCCGCGUCGUCAUGGCAACACUCUCCGCACAUGCGCCUCUUGCACCCGGACCUGGCCUGGUGAAGCUCCUCAAAGCCAAGAGGAUUUCGGCCCCGCAGAAGCAGGCCGAGCGGACUGGGCGGCUGGAGGGGGAGCAGGAGCGUGGGAAGGACUUUUAAAGGGGCGCGCAGGGGCUGCCGAUGCGUUCUGCCAUCUCCCACCCCGUCCCGGUGCCCAGCCAUGGCCAGACCACCCGCCCCUGGCUCAGUGAUUGUCCCCGACUGGCACGAAAGCGCCGAGGGCAAGGAGUGCCUGACCUGCAUCCUGCGCAAGAACCGCCGGCGGGUGUUUGGGCUGCUCGAGCGACCAGUGCUGCCCCCAGCUGUGGCCAUUGACACGGCCAGCUACAAGAUCUUCGUGUCUGGGAAGAGUGGUGUGGGCAAGACGGCGCUGGUGGCCAAGCUCGCUGGCCUGGAGGUGCCCUUGGCACACCAUGAGACCACUGGCAUCCAGACCACCGUGGUAUUUUGGCCUGCCAAACUGCAGGUCAGCGAGCGUGUCGUCAUGUUCCGCUUUGAGUUCUGGGACUGCGGGGAGUCUGCGCUCAAAAAGUUCGACCACAUGCUGCCGGCUUGCAAGGAGAAGGCGGAUGCUUUCCUCUUCCUCUUCUCGUUCACCGACCGUGCCUCCUUCGAAGACCUCCCUGGACAGCUGACCCGCAUAGCAGGCGAGGCCCCUGGUGUCGUCAGGAUGGUCGUUGGCUCCAAGUUUGACCAGUACAUGCACACGGACGUGCCUGAGCGUGACCUCACAGCCUUCCGGCAGACCUGGGAACUGCCCCUCCUGCGGGUGAAGAGUGUGCCAGGGCGGCGGCUGGCAGAUGGGCGCACGCUGGAUGGGCGGGCUGGGCUGGCUGACAUUGCCCAUGUGCUCAAUGGCCUGGCAGAGCACCUGUGGCACCAGGACCAGGUGGCAGCUGGCCUGAUUCCCAACCCUGCAGAGAAUGCCCCCGGCUGACAUGAGUGGGCACCUGUGGUCCUUACUCCUGACUUGCAGGUGACCCAGAGCAGGGGAUGGGACCCGGAACCUAGGGCUUGGUCAGGAACCUUGAUCUCAGCCUGAGGACUGGUCAGGGAGGAUGGUGGCCUGUGAAGACUCUGCCCCAGCAGCACUUUCCUUGCAGAAUUCAUGGCAUGAGGUGCAGGCACAAGGCUUUGUGGGGCAGUGGUUUGAGGUCCUCUGGCCUUCUCCCUUGGCCCCGGGGGACCCAGGCUCUGGAAACUGAAGAACUGCAUGGGCAGGUCCCAGAUCUCCAGCAUCUCCCCAACCUCCAGCUGUCCCUCCCCUUCUGCAGCACACAGGGAAGAUAAGAUGACUGGGGAGAGAGGGGGUCUCAGCUGGGCCCUGCACCUCAAGUGACUUCAAUCAAGAGCCAGUAUUACAGGGUGGGGCAAAAGUAGGUUUACAGUUGCUUUUUUAUGGGAAAUAAGACUAUAUAUAUAAAAGCCUAUGC